AUGACCGAAAUCUACCGAACAAUUUCCACCGCACGAAGAGAAGACGUUUCGCCGACUAAAUGCCGUGAGCGCCGUCGACGGAGAAUCGAGAUGCGGAGGCAAGCGGCGGUUUUCGGCGAUCCAAGCUCGUCCUCAUCGUCUAAGAACCGAGAGGUUUACUCAACCUUUAUUCCUAUCAGGAAACAACCACGGAGGACGACUAUGGCGGAGAUCGGCGGUCUUCCGGCGGAUAUCGGAGGUUCCCAUCCGUCUCCGAGUUCGUCUCACAGGAAAUCGGAAACUCCGGUGUUGAAGGGAGAAGAAACAGACCACGAGCCGAUGUACGGAAUUGUUUCGGUUAUGGGAAGAUCCCGUAAAAUGGAAGAUACGGUUACUGUUAAACCAAAUUUGUGUAAACCGGAGAUUAACCGGCAAAAACCGGUUCAUUUCUUCGCUGUGUACGAUGGCCAUGGCGGUUCUCAGGUAUCGACAUUGUGCAGCACGACGAUGCACACAUUAGUCAAGGAGGAGCUGGAGAAACCAGAAGAUGAGGAAGGAGCAAACGAAAACGACGUCGUGGUGGAGAAGAAAUGGCGGGAAGUGAUGAAGAGGAGUUUCGAGAAGAUGGAUGAGGUGGCAACGAGCACGUGCGUUUGCGGGACGACCAACGUGUCAUUUUGCAGCUGCGAUCCGAGGGAAACCGCCGCGAUGUCGGGUUCCACGGCGGUUACGGCGGUUCUGACACAAGAUCACAUAGUCGUAGCCAAUACCGGUGACUCACGUGCGGUGUUGUGUAGAAAUGGAGUGGCUAUUCCUUUGAGUAAUGAUCAUAAGCCGGAUAGACCAGACGAGCGCGCGAGGAUUGAAGCAGGUGGUGGUCGAGUUUUGGUAGUGGAUGGAGCUAGAGUUGAAGGGAUUCUAGCCACGUCUAGGGCCAUAGGGGAUAGGUAUCUAAAGCCAAUGGUAGCAUGGGAACCAGAAGUAACAUUCAUGAGAAGGGAAUCUGGAGAUGAAUGCUUGAUAUUAGCGAGCGAUGGGCUUUGGGACGUGCUCUCGAGUCAACUAGCUUGCGACAUAGCUACGUUUUGUCUCCGCGAAAAUGCUCCUGCUCCCUCGAGCCUUGAUUUAAACAGAACGGCUCAAGAAGACGACGACAACAGAGGAGGAUCAGAACUACAUAAUCCUUCAAGGAGUGUAUUAGCUGCAACGUUGCUUACGCGGUUGGCUUUGGGUAGACAAAGCAGUGACAAUAUAAGUGUGAUUGUCAUUGAUCUCAAGAAUAGCUCUCAAUAGCACUCGUUUUUUUUUUUCGGUUGGUUAUAAUGGCAAGGAAUAAGAAAUGUUGAUUUAGCGAUGAGCCUUGAUUUGUUAUAGGGUUUAGCGCUUGUCUCUUUUGUUUUGUUAUGAAUUGGGGCUACGAAAACAUUGACAGCGGCGAAUGUGAAAAGAAUA